AUGGACGCAGCCCAGAUCACCGCCAUCGUGCAAGCUGCAGUAGCAGCAGCACUCCAAAACCAGAACGUUUUGGAUGCCACCAGACCACAGCCGCAACCUGCAGCAGCAGUCCCAUUCGCAGUCACCCCUGCUGGUGCUGGAAACAACGCAUGGGAUUUUACCUCACCAACAGGGCUUCGCAUCUUCAUGGCUUCCAUCACCCCAUUCCCUGUCAAGUACGACGGAAAGGAGCACCUUCUUCGUGACUUCCUACGUCAGAUCUACCAAAGAGCUGAGUCAUAUGGGUGGAUUGGAAUCCUCCUCAUCACGGAUGACAAUGGCACAGUUAGGAACAUCACCAACCAGCAUGGCUGCCUGUCGAAGGACAACGUGACCAAUCACGCGAUAACUUACCUCAGGCAACAGGGUAGACUCCACCAAGCAUCGGUUUGCCUUCGCAAACUUAUCAUGGCAUCGGUCACGUCCAAGCUUGCAGACCGAUUGGCGACUCGCAAGGUCGACUACACCGUGAACGCGGCAGCUGCAGCACAGGGCGCUGCAGCAGCACCACCCCCAAUCAUGAAGGAGGACGGUACAUGUAUGCUUUACCAGCUGAUCAAGAUGGUAUCCGUCGAGACCAUUACAACCGUCACGAUCAUAACCAAGAAGCUCAACAACCUCGAACAUAUCAUGGAGGCAGCAAAGUCCAACAUCGAAGUCUUCAACACCAUGGUUGACGACCUCAUCUCUCAACUCCAAGCAAGGAGCGCACAGGUGCCACCAAUGAUUGGUAAUUUGUUUGACGGAUAUGCCAACUGCUCUGACGUCGCAUUUGCCAAGUACAUGGAAUCCAAGAGAGACUCAUAUGAGGACGGAACUCUCAUCUUGCCAAGACAUGAUAACCUCAUGAUGAUCGCACUCGAGAAGUACAAGAUCAUGCAGGACAGGAAGGUCUGGCUGAAGAAGUCCGAGGAACAAAUGGAGAUCAUGACUCUCAAGGCAGAAGUCACCAAGCUUCGUGGCAGGACCAACGCCAAACCACCUCCUGCCAAGGCAGCGGGAGAAGGAAAGAAGACAGUUCAAGGCAAGGAUGAUGACAAGUAUGCAUGGAAACUUGUAGCACCCAAGGAAGGAGAGCCCCAGCAGAAGACCGUCAAUGGCAAGAAGUACAUCUAUUGCCCGUACCACCAAACGACCAAGUGGGUCUUGGAGGUCAACAACAAGGGAGUUGUCCACCGCACAGGCUGUGAGAAGAUGAAGGAAGCCCUGACAUCCAACAAGGCGAUCGAAGCUGAUGAUCAGGACGCCGAAGCAGCAGCCCUCGCCAACGCGAUUGAAGACGCAGGAUCCAACACCCUCCUUCCCAUUCCUGUUGAGGAGCUCUGA